AGAUUUUUGGCAUUUUGCAAACAACUAAGGAAAAAUAAAUAAAAACAUUUGAAAAACAACCUCUUUUGAUAUUUUUGUAAAAAUCAUUUUUGUACAGACAUGUCCGCCAUUGAAAACAUCUCACCUUCAGUGAUAAAGAGGAUUUCAAAAGAGAUAAAUGCUCUUGUUGCACAACCUCCGGAAGGUAUCAAAGUUAUAGUAAAUGAAUCAGACGUCUGUGACGUUCAGGCAUGGAUCUAUGGACCUGAGAGUACACCAUAUGAAGGAGGUUACUUUAAAGUAAAAUUGGUAUUAGGAGCUGAUUUUCCUGCAGCCCCACCAAAAUGCUAUUUUAUUACAAAAUUAUUUCAUCCUAAUGUCUCGAAAUCUGGUGAAGUAUGUGUUAAUACUUUGAAAAAAGAUUGGAAUAAAGAUUCAGGGGUUGAACGUAUUUUACUGACCGUCAAAUGUCUCUUGAUCGCUCCUAAUCCAGAAUCAGCACUUAAUGAAGAAGCCGGAAAACUUCUUUUAGAAAAUUAUGAUGAUUAUGCAAAACAUGCUCGUCUGAUGACGAAAAUACAUGCUCAAAAUAAGGCAGCAGAAUUUUCUUCCAAUAUCUCUAACAAUAAUAGUUCGACAACAUCUUCACCUACUACUAUUAUCACUUCUACAACAUCUCCAUCCACUUCUUCACCGAAAAAAUUUGUUUCUUCACAGAUGAUGACGAAAACUACUUCACAACAGAUCACUGCAUCUACAACAGAAACUAAUACGAUGACGACAAAUAAUUCUAAUACAACUAAUUCAAUUAAUAAUUCUUCUACAAUGAAUAUUCCUGCUCUAAUCACUCCACUUACUGUAUCGAAUUCAAUGAAUGAAUCGAAAUCUCCCAAUGCGAUGAAUAAUGGUGGUGCAAAUAGUAAUCAUAAUCACCUUAAAAAGAGUCCUACUUCUGUGAAUUCGAAUGAUAAUCAACUGGCUUCAAAUAAUCCUACUGUAACACCAAAGAAAAGAGCCGGUGAUAAAAAAUUGGAUAAAAAACAAGCCGAUAAGAAACGUAGUCUGAAGAGACUUUAGACUAAAAAAAAUAGAUGUAGAUGGAAUACGACGAUUAAUAUUAAUAUGUUACUCUUCGUUGAUUGAUAUUAUAUAGAAUGAAAAAAAAAAGAAAAGAAAUUGUAGAGACAUAUAUUAAAAUUAUAGUUCAUUUUAUUCAUCCAUAUGUUUUCGUAAAAUGUGAAGUAUUUAUUUGUGAUUAAAAUUAAAGUUGUUUGAUUUUGUUAUAUGUUAGUAAGAAUUAUUAUUAUUUUUUAGUUAAUGUGUAAUAAUAGUACGUAAGUUUAUUUAG